CCCACAGCAGCAUACAGAUUCACUUCACAGCAAACAAACGGACAUCAGGUCGUUGUUUUAAGAGGAUUUCAUAAAGAAAAAGAUGAAGAGAAGACCUUGUGGGGAUUUCAUACACUGUUGUAAAGUCACUUGUUAAAUUCCUUGUAGAGAAAACGCUGAUUACCUGAUGAUCCCUGCCUUUAAGUCCCUUUCAUCCCCACUGCCAUGGACAGAGCUCCUUUUGUGUUGGCUGCUAUCUGUUGGCUCACAUCUGUACUCUUUUUACCAGUUGCACAAGUUCUCCAAAGAGCAUGAAGUGGGAUUUGAGAGACAUUUCCAUUUGGAAAAGGGCAUCUUUAAGGGUUUUAAGAGGGAUCCAUCAGACUUUGAGUGGAGCUUCUGGAAUGACUGGGCCAAAAGGUCUUUACUGUGGACUCUGAUUGGCCACGGCUUAAUAUCAAGGAUAACCAGCAUCUUUUAUCCCAAACUUAGGGUGCCUGCACUGACGCUGUACGGCUUCUUAGCAGCUAGCUUUGUUUUGGGGAUUAAAGGUGUGAGUGUGCUGCUUGUACAUCUGGGAGUUUCCUUCUCAGUGGCUCUGCUGCGAAAGCCUACACUGUCGUGGAUUUUUAACCUUUUGUUGCUUUCCACAAUUCACAUUCAGACGCUUCAAGACAUCCAGAGAGGCUGGUACAGCACAGAGGAGGAGUACUACCUGCUACUCUUCAGCGUUGCCGUCUCUGGCCUGCGAUUCAUCAGCUUCAGCCUGGAGCACUGCUGGAGCCCGUUAGAUCGUAGUGGACUCGUGGAGCUCUUCUGGCUGUUUUCAUACACUUUCUAUCACCCGUUUUUCUACAAUGGACCCAUUAUCAGCUUCAAAGCGUACACCGAGCAGAUGCGAAUGUCUGACGAAGACAACAGGGAGGAAUCUGCUCUCAGCUACUUUCUGCUCCAAUCAGGGCGGAUUAUCCUGUGGUGGUGUUUGGCAGAAUAUAUGAUCCACACCAUGUACAUUCACCUCAUCCAGUCUAAUGAGACUUACAUAGAAAUACUCCCUCCCUGGGCUUUGGGUGGCUUUGCCCUGGCGCACGUCCAGUUCUUCUACGUGAAGUAUCUGGUUCUGUUUGGACUUCCAUGCAUGCUCGCCACUCUGGAUGAAUUGGUUCCCCCAAAGCUUCCUCGCUGCGUCAGCAUCAUGUACAGCUUCACGGGGAUGUGGAGGCACUUUGAUGAGGGGCUGUAUCGAUGGCUCAUCAGGUACAUCUACAUCCCACUGGGUGGUUCCCGACAUGGACCUCUUUGCAAAACCUUGUCCACUGGCCUCGCAUUUGGAUUUGUCUGCUUCUGGCACGGUGGCCAUGACUACUUGCGGUACUGGGCUCUGAUGAACUGGGCUGGAGUUCUGGUGGAAAAUGGACUGAAAUCUCUCUUUGCUACAGCUUGUGUUCGCUCUGUAAUUGAGCAUAAUUUCUCCACGGCAAUGCAAAGACGUUGCGUCGCCCUUCUCUCUGCCUUCUCCACUGCUAUGCUCAUCCUGUCUAAUCUGGUGUUCCUUGGGGGGAUACAUGUUGGCAGAAUCUUCUGGAAGCGUGUCUUUGUUCAAGGUUGGUCUACCAUUGCCCCACCCAUGCUGGUUUUCCUGUACUGCUUUGCUCAGGUUGGACUUGAGUGGACUUCUCACCCACCAUGAGUCACCUUGACUUUGUAUCAAGGUGAGAAUCCCUGCCACCGGACAAACGGAACAACCUGCUUGGCUGCAGCGCAUCAAACCUCACCAGCUGGAGCCUCCGAUGCCAGCCUGGCUCACAGCCAUCAAAGUCUCCAAAUUUGCCUGAAGCUCAGCUGCUUUCCACAACUUGCAGGGCUGCACAAAAUCUGUCUGUAAGCCCAUACUUCAGGUGGAAGUUUGAUUUAUUUAUUUUUUGUCCUGGAGAACAAAAGUCAUUAAAUGAGUAAAGAAGUGCUGCAUCUCUAGACAGCAGUCACGAGUAGGCUCCAUUAAUGAACUUUUAUUCUUUGAAACUGUAAAACAAAAUGUGGACUAAGGGUUUCUAUGGCUCUGAUAAGACAUUGCUCAGUGAUGCAAUUAACUGGAGAAAUGUUUUGUUUACUGCUUUCAUUUAGCUCGCCACUAAAGUUGUUAUGCACUCAGAGCGUCGCGUAGAAGACGGCAUCAGAAAGACGAAAAGUGUUGUUACCUUUAUGAAUGAACAAAUAUCAGAAAUCUAGAAAAACAGUACCUUUUUAUUACAUAAAAUAUUCUGUUUUAAGUAAUAUUUAGCAUUAAAAACCUGUUAUCGUGUUAUCAUUUCAGUAGUUGUAUCAUCAGUAAAGAUUUAGCUUUUUAAACAGUUCUGAAUAACCUGAUUUGCAUGAAUAAAAGCUUUUAAAUCCAAA